AUGGACAAAGAAAAUAUAUCAGCCUUACCUAAAAAAUUAUUACUCAAGAAAAUUCAAGAAGUAAGAGAAGACACCAGAAUUCCACUAAAAACUAUUAAUAGCUUAUCAGGUUUGCCAUCUGGAUCUAGCACAGAACACGAUAAAGCAGUAUCAAAUAAGACUAGAAGUACAUAUGAAAUUGACUCAAAAUACGUUACUUUUGGACAAAGAAACGAAGACUUGGACUGGGACUAUAAAGCUAUUAAAGACGAAGCCAACAAUAAAGACUGUAGUAUAAUUUCUAUAAGUGACGAGGAAGAAAGUUUCAUUGAGAGUAACAAGAAAGAAUACAAUUAUUUUAAUGAAAAUAAACAGAAAAAUGGUGUCGGUGAAGCUAUUAGGGCGGCUACUCCAUUACAUAAAUCACCUCUUGAACCGAAUAGGUGUUAUAAAAUAUGCCUUGAGGAGUCAUACACGAACUGCAUCGAGAGUGAAUAUGUCAAUGAUCUGUUCGCUCAUUUACUAAGUAUUGAAAGACCUGUAUCCGUGCCGAGAAUAUCCAGCAUCACUCGUGCACGUCUCCUUAAUUGGUUAUUAAGAAUUAACGGAUCUGAUGGCAAUCCAGCGGUGAUCCAGACAGCAUCCUGGUAUCUAGACUCGGUCUUGAGCGUCUGUAGAUUUCGGCUGGAGCAGUUGCAGCAGGUUGCAGCCGCUUGCUUCUGGAUCGCUCAAAAGCUUCACGGAAACGUGGCCUCCGCUUCUAUGCUUAUUAUAUGUGCAAACGGAACCUUUAUUAAAACACAAUUAUUGUGGGCCGAAGAGGCGAUCUUAAAGAAAUUGAAAUUUCCAUCUCAACCUGUAGUGCCUCAAGAUUAUAUUACAUACAUGUCCUGGUGGUUAGAUGACGCUCAUUCCGAUGAAAUUGAAAUAGCGGCGGUCUUUCUCUGCUUAUGCGGUUUAAUGGUAAAUAAAACACUCUGCAAUGAGUUACCGUCAGUAAUUGCCGCUGCAUGCAUACAAGACGCCUUACUGCUGCUGGGAAAACGGGACUUGAUGCUGCGUCUUCAGACAUGUCCAGUAUUCAAAGCAGCAAAAAAUAAGACAACGGAUAUGUGUUCCAUUUGCUCAACAUUGCGUACAGCGGUGCGUAUCGUGUCGAACUCGUACGAGUACAAGGCGCCAAUGGAAAUUUUUGGAACUGGCCCCCAUUUUAUAGCACAAAAAAUUGUAAAAUGCGCAUAUGACCUCGAAGUUUUGGAAGGCCAGUGUGCAAGGAAUUGA